GAUUGUCGAAGCCCAAUUGUACUCUCAGUCUAUCGAGCCUCUCAAGUCUCAACUGAACUUGGGAAUACUGUGCAACGACCGACUCCGGGGAAUUUAUCUGUCUCUCUGUGCUGUUAAUUCCUUCUCUCGAUUCAAAGCAGCAUUUAGAGACAUGCCACACAGAACACGCCCAAUGGCUGCUCUGUUGCUGUUUACUGGUCUUAAUGUUGUUCUUGUUUCAACAAUUACUCCAGUCUAUGAUUUUGUCUGUUUCCAUCCUUACUGGGAAAGAAGGCGAGAACGUCGACGUCAAGAACGUGAAGCUGCUUCAGCAAGUAGUGCUAUAUCUACAUAAAUGAUUUGUACCAACAGUCUAGUUGUUUGCAAUCUUGCCAUACAUUCAAUUAUCAAGAAGCUGUCUAGAAGAAGUACUUGUGACUUUCGAAGUUCUAGAGUUGGAAGUUGUUGAAUGGUGCUGAUCUGAAUCAGUGAAGCGCGGAAAUCAGACAUAAAUGCAAUGAACUAAUAUAUCUGCUGCAAUCUUAACUGAUUAUUCAAGACUUUUGCUUUUAGUGCAAAUGUAUCCCAACUCGAACACGAAUUGACAAUAUAAACAAUGUUGAACAAACGAAGACAACUCUACUUUCCGUGUAUGUUUGCAUAUAUUUCAGACACACUAGGUGUCUGUGAUGCAACUGUUAGAACUACGAACACUGAAUUAUGUGGUAUCAGCAGAAUGUGUAUCAGACAGUAAUACUUUUGGUAAGCACAACUUUACUCGGGCUACA